AUGUCUGAACAGGAUGUUGCAACAUAUCGUCGCACAGGGCUACUCGAUCUACCAAUAGAACUACUCUCGGACAUAUCGUCGCUGCUCAGUCAUCAAGGAAUUCUCCGCCUAGCCUCCACGUGUCGAAGGCUUCAAGAAACUUACAAAGCCUCGAAAGCGCUUCGAUAUAUCGUGGAACUCGGGGCAGCUGGACUAGUCGACGGUUCACAUACAUGUCCAUUGACGCUCUCGGAACGGCGCGGCGUCUUCCAUGCGCGUCGUGCAGCUUGGCGGAAGUUCCAGCCUGAACGGCAGACGAUGGCUGAAUUUCCGGAUGUAUGGCUAGCAUUCGAUCUUGCCGGAGGCGUGUACGCACAUUACACCAUCUCUCGCUCUCCUCAGCUGGUCCUUCAUUGGCUGCCAUCUCGAGCUUUCGAAGAGCGACGCGUCGAGGUGGAUAAGAUGGAUAUACUUGUGAAGGAUCUUGCUAUGGAUCCCUCUCAGGACUUGAUUGUCUUUCUUGAGGGACAUAGCUUACCGCAUGGCGCGAUCUUCGAUGACGAGCCCGUUGGGACUGAUAUUUCAGGCAACCUUAGGCUGCAUCUGCGAUCUCUCCAGUCCCAGGGCCAAGCUCCCCAUGAACUUGCGGCGGGUAGCGGAACUCUGAACGAUGUAUGUCCAGUGCACUGGGCAGAGGUCAUCGAGGUCUUCCUUGUGAACGAUAUACUGGCUGUCUUCAUUGGCCAAGAAAGACCCGUCCUCCGCAUAUGGAACUGGAAGUCCGGAAGACUGCUAGUCAGUCUUGAUCCCGAAGACUUCGUCGCCGAGCAGUUCAUGACAGCCCACUUCGCAUUCAUAUCCGAUCGUGCAUUCGUGCUCACGAAAACCGGAUCGGAGGCGCGAGGUCCCAUCUCUAUCCAUCUCAUUGCCCUCAACCACUGUACUUCCUCCACACAUGGUCGCACGCUGUUACGCGACUCUGUGCGCUUGUUUCUCCCACGUCCUCAUUACGACCGGCGUGUCCCGUACAUUCUCACGAAAACGGGCUCCUUUGCACUUCCCGAACCGGCGCGACAGAUUCAUAAUGCUGCACCGACAUCGCGCAUGCACAUAUUCCUCAUCCAAGCACAACACGACGCCUUUCCACUAUCCAAUGCGCCUGAUGUCGCUGUCAUGGUCGCGGUGAAGACAUCAACCUUGAUACGUCUUCUUGACCGCCCGUCAGAGGCGCCCAGAGAACUGCCUUGGAUUACCUGGGGUCCAGGGAAUACCCGAAUAGUAGAACAUGGUGAAGCAGACGGUUUGAGCGAGCGCGCUGUGUUCGGAUCACGCGUGGUAUUCAGCACGCAGUACGCGGAGGCGCCUAUGACCACGGAACCCUGGGUACACUUUCUACUCGAUUUCCAUAUCCCGACCUGUCCCGAUGACGACGGGGUCGAAGUGCCGCAUGAAGACAGUUUGGCGGAACGUACGCAGUUGGUAGGAUGUGCCGAGCGCACUUUCGACUUGGGGUUGCGCCCAGAAGGCCCCUGGUGGUGGACGGCGGAAGACCACACAGUGGACCAACUCCCCUGUCUCUGCACACGGCUGCGAACGACGUCCUUUGGUCUCGGCGAUGAGGUUCUCAUGGACGACGAGCGUUUCAUCAGACGGCGGACAUUCCCCGAUUCGGAGAUGGAGCAGACUACGACUUUCAGGUUCUAA